GAGAGAGAGAGGUGUGACUUUGAACGUGAACAGAGCCGUUAAAGGCCGUUGCGCGCACUUCAGAGAGAGCGUGAGGAGCGCGUGCUGGAACAAACACAUUGAUCUCGAUAUACGAGAUAUUCAACAUGGAGUUCAUCGAGUCGGAGUUUCGUUACACCCUCUUCCCCGUCUUCUACGGCGUGGUCUUUGUCUUAGGAUUGGCAGCCAACUGCUACGCACUUUAUGUAUUGCACAAAAUGCGGGACUCUAAAGCCAUGAAUGAGAUUCGCAUCUACAUGACCAACCUGACGAUUGCAGAUUUGCUGUUCGUGUCCGGUCUACCGUUUUGGAUCGGGUACUACGCGAACAAGGGCGACUGGAAGUAUUCGGAAGUUGUCUGUCGCAUCACAGGGUCUUUCUUUUUUAUUAACACCUACUCCUCCGUCUUCUUUCUUGCUGUUAUCAGCAUUAACCGUUACUGGGCUGUUACCAGGCCACUGAUGGCCGCUUCUUCUGACUGCUGGAAACGUGGAGCGAUCAUCUCAGCAGGCAUCUGGGCCGUCACACUUUCAGCUUCGAUUAAAUAUCUCAUUAAUCAUGGGCUCCUGAAAGACGACGGGAAAAACCGCUGCUUCGAGGGUUAUCAUAAGGAGACUGAUGAUAUGAAAAACACAGUCGCCACAACGCAUUUCCUUAUUAUCGCCGUGUUUUUUGUCGUCUUCUUAAUAGUGAUUCUGUGCAACAUCUUGAUCGCUCGAACUCUUCUGUCUCAACCCAUCAGUCAGCCCCGAGCCAGUACGGGGAAGCGAUCCGGCGGCAAAAAGCGGAGAGCUUUGAAGAUGCUGUUUGCCGUUGUGGGCGUGUUUGUGAUCUGUUUCUUACCCCAUCAUGUGGUGCAGGGUCCGUGGGUUCUGGCAGUGUUGGGCCUAAGAAAAGAUAAAUGGAGCAAGGAGACUCAUCAACGCCUUAAUGAUGCUCAUCAGAUCACACUCAUGCUGAUGGGAUUAAAUUGCAUUCUGGAUCCUGUGGUGUAUUGCUUUGCCACCACAAAGUUUCGCAAAUACAUCCAGGGUCACUUUAAAAAGGUCAAGAAUAAGAAAAACUGCUCACGUCAGACGCUAAGCACGGCUAUGUCUCUGAAGAGCAGUAUUCAGACCAAGUUAUGAAUGUUGCCAAAAGUAUAGAUGACUCUCGAUGUUUGUUUAUUAAUUUAUUAAUUCAUUUCACAAUUCAAAGUUUGCUCCACAGUUACUUGCAUGCAUUGGUGGUGUAGCACCUAAACUAUUUUAAGCGUUAUUAUUUUAUGUGUUUGUUAAAAGAAUGGCUCAAAAUGAAAAAUACAAACUUGUAUGACACAAAGCUGUCGUAUGGCUUGAGAUAACUUGAAAUGUAGUCACAUGGACCACUUUGUGGUUGUUGUGUUGUUUUUUUAAGGCUUGAAGCAUACAAAACCAUGGGUUACUGUAGUAAGACCAUGGUUUUGCCAAUGGUAAACUUGUUUAAUUUUCAUAAGGGUUAGUGCAGUGUUUUGGCAACGGUUUCAUGAAGAAUGAUAAUGUUUAUGCCAGAAGCUGAAGAUUGACAAAGACAAAUAAGAGGUCACAUGUGGUUGAUCUGUAAGAUAGCUUUUAUUUGUUCUCAAAAUAACCUUGAACUUGCUUUUUUAUCUUUUCAGUCUUUGCAGCUCAGUCUUUAAAGCAGGACACAGUCUGCAAGGUUGUGGGUUUAACUGAGCAAAAAACAAUGUUUGAUUGCACUGUAAGUCGCUUUCUAUGUAAUUUCUAAUGUAAAUGUAUUUGUAAUCUUAAAGGCGGAGUGCACAAUGUUUGAAAAACGCUUUGGAAAGGAGACGGGCCGACUACCAAAACACACUUAUAGCCAAUCAGCAGUAAGGAGCGUGUCUACUAACCAACAUCCUUGCCGGGUUGCGUAUGUGUGGGGCGGGUCUUUUAAAAGAAGGUCCAGAUUCUAUUGGGGUAGGGGCGUGUUUGUUUAGGUGAUUUCAAAUAUCAACAUUGGUUUUCAAACAUUGUGCACUCCGCCUUUAAAUGCACUUUGUAAAAAACAGCUUUGAGGUAGUUUGACUAUGAAAACAAAUACUAGAUUGUUUUGAAUGACUGGCCGUUAAGUGGCUUUGUUACUGUAAGCAGCGUUUCUGUUCAGAAUCAUCACUGAAAUUAUAGCACUUAGGGGUGGUUUCCCGGACACGGUUUAGAUUAAUCCAGGACUAGACCUUAGUUAUAUUAGGACAUUGAAGUAGUUUUUACAAACAUGCCUUACAAAAAACUAUAUCUUGAGACAAAACAAUAGCACUGAUGUUAAGGUCUGUCGGUAUACAGUGUUUUUUUUAAAUUAUGGCAGCUCAAACAUACAUUUUAGUCUGGAGCUAGAAUAAACCCUGUCUGGGAAACCACCCCAUUAUGUUUUUUUAGGGUAGCAGAAUACAUUUUUUUACUGAAUCUAUUCAAUUAACAGGUUUCCCAGACAGGUUUUAGCUUAAAGGGACAUUCCACUUUUUUGAAAAUAUUCCCCUAGAGUUAAACAUUUGAUUUUUAUUGUUUUGGAAUCCAUUCAGUCGAUCUCCGGGUCUGGCGCUAGCACUUUUAGCAUAGUUUAGCACAAUCCAUUGAAUCUAAUUAGACCAUUAGCAUUGCGCUAAAAAUAACCAAAGGGUUACGAUAUUUUUCUUAUAUAAAACUUGACUCUUCUGUAGUUACAUCAUGUACUAAAAUCGACGUAAAAUUAAAAGUUGCAAUUUUCUAGGCAGAUAUGGUUAGGACUAUACUUUCAUUCUGGACUUUGCUGAUGUAAGUGAUAUUACGCACUGCCGGAGAUAGUCCCCUUGGUUACUUUCAAUGGUAGGGGACUAUUUUCCGGCAGUGCGUAAUAGUGUACACGAUGUAACUAUCAUUUUUUACAGUGUGUUACAGUACAUUUUUGUUCAUAUGCAAACUAUAUAUAAUCCUAAUUUAGCGGGUCACCAUUUACAUUUAGGCAUUUAGCAGAUGCUUACAAAGAUCAAGAUCAAGAAACAAUCAAGUGAUUUGUCAUAUAGGGAGGCAAUAAUACAAGCGCUUAUACCAAGUUAUAAGUUUUCACAAUUUGGAAACAAUACCUGUUGAGAGAGAAAGAAAGUUAGUUUUUAAGGCUCACAUGCUGUAUCUGAGUCACAUGCUUGUUCCUGGUUUCCAUCUCAAGAAAUGAAUUGCUUUUUUCAGGAACUUUUAUUUUCUUUUGCAAUAAUUUGUAGCCCAAAAGGAGAACUUGUACAUUUCAAAUGAGCAAAAUGUCUCUUAACAGUGAUUAGCUUAAAAGUUCAACAUUUUGAAAUAACAUUCAGAAACAAUUUUUUGACAACAUUUUGUGUUCCUAAAAGAACUUUAGACAUUUCAAUUGUGAAAUGUAUUGUAUUGUUAUUAAAAUCCAAAUGUAAUAUUUCUUGUUUAUAUUGUUUUGUAUUUUGUAUGGUGUACAAUUAUAUGUAGCUCCAUUUUUAAACCUUGUCAGAUGUGUUCAUUUUAUAAAUAUGACUUUUUCCACACUGAAAUCUUUGAUACAUACAGUAAUUUAUGCUUAUCUGUGUUUUUCUUUGAUAUCAUAUCACAUUUCAUGAUAUUAAAUUCCGCUAAUGAUUCAGCUUUAUGUCCAUCAAGCAGAAAAUUAGGCAAGAAUGUGUUGCUAAUGUCUGCUAAUGGUUGCAUGGUUCAGACAAAUGUGUGUAAUGCUCAGAAGGGGGUUUAUUGAUGACUCCAUUUUAUUCUCAGGCAACUGUGACUCAGGCAUAUUAUUGUGCGGCUACUAUUUAUUCAAGUUCUCAAGAGUUUAUUCAUCACAUAAAAUAAUAAAGUUGAUGUCCCUGUAAA